AUGGCUUCUUCGCUCGUCAGGAGCUGCUCUCGUGCCGCGAGAGCCACCGUCACCGCCUCCGUCCGGUUUAUGAGCAACGUACCGGAGAAUACGGUUUACGGAGGACCGAAACCGCAGAACCCGAACGGGAGAGUGACUCUGACGCAAUUGAGACAGAAACAUCGGAAAGGCGAGCCGAUAACCGUCGUCACCGCCUACGAUUACCCUUCCGCCGUUCACAUCGAUACAGCCGGAAUCGAUGUCUGUCUCGUCGGAGAUUCGGCUUCCAUGGUUGUUCACGGCCACGACACCACCCUCCCCAUCUCCUUAGAGGAGAUGCUCGUUCACUGCCGCUCCGUCGCUCGUGGAGCCAAACGCCCACUUCUCGUCGGCGAUUUGCCUUUUGGUACCUAUGAGUCCAGCUCUAAUCAGGCGGUUGAUACGGCGGUGAGGGUGUUGAAAGAAGGAGGAAUGGAUGCUAUAAAGCUUGAAGGAGGAUCACCUUCGAGAAUCACUGCUGCAAAAUCCAUUGUGGAAGCAGGAAUUGCGGUUAUGGGACAUGUUGGGUUGACUCCUCAAGCUAUAAGCGUUCUUGGUGGUUUCAGGCCACAGGGGAGAAACAUAGCUAGUGCUGUCAAGGUUGUGGAGACUGCAAUGGCUUUACAAGAAGCUGGAUGCUUUUCAAUUGUGUUGGAAUGUGUUCCUCCUCAAGUGGCUGCUGCUGCAACCUCUGCUCUUCAUAUUCCAACCAUUGGCAUUGGAGCUGGUCCUUUCUGCAGCGGACAGGUUUUAGUGUACCAUGAUCUUCUGGGAAUGAUGCAGCAUCCACAUCAUGCUAAGGUUACUCCAAAGUUUUGCAAGCAGUACGCUCAAGUAGGAGAAGUGAUUAACAAAGCCCUCUUGGAGUAUAAGGAAGAAGUAUCCAAACACGUGUUUCCAGGUCCUUCUCACAGCCCUUACAAGAUCUCCUCCAGCGACCUUGAUGGAUUCUUAAGCGAGUUACAGAAAAUGGGACUCGAUAAGGCUGCUUCUGCUGCUGCGGCAUCAGCUGAAAAGAUGGCGUCUUCAGAUUCACCUUCUUCUAAGUGA